AUGUCGUUUCGGAGCAGCCCCGACAGCGGAAAUCUCAUACUGCACGCGCCGCUAUUCGUCAACGACAAGAACAGCGGGGGCGUCUCCACGGAGGGAAAGGAGCUACCGAGCCGAAGGAUGGAGGAACGCAGCAAGAGCACAGCCUUUGUACCAACCGAUUCUCCCGUAACCCAGAAGGGGAAUAAUGAGGACGCUCUGCCCCUCAUGCUCGGGUUGUCCGUCGGCGGGAUCAUGUUCUUUAUCCGAGCGGUGUUCUUGUAUGUGAGGAUCAAGCAUGGCCCUAUGAAGCGGGAUCCUCCGCCUCCAUUGGGAAGCACGUGGGAUUAG